CCGUCAGCAGCUGACGUGUUGCUUUCAGGCUUUCAGCUCCCAUCCAAACAGAGACACUUGCUGCUACGGAGGCUCAAACGAACGCAGAAAUCAAGAGGAAAACAGAAAAAGAAAAGAAAAUCUGCAGCAAUGCCAGCCCCAACCUACCUAUCUCCUCCCUCCCUCCCCCUCCGCCACACCACCACCGCCACCGCCAGCGCGCACCUCCUCUCCGGUGGCCGCCGCAACCGUGGCAGCCGCCCACGGCGCAUGUCAGGUCUCGUGCUACUUAAAGCCAAGGUCGGCGAUGUCGACGGAGGGCCCGAGCUCCUCCUGGCUUCGCGGCGACACGCCGUCCUCGGCGUGGCCAGGGUCCUCUUCGCGGCGGCGAACGAGCGGUGCCUGCGGGGCAUGGACCGGGCGGCGCUCGGGCGCGGGGGCUUCUUCGCGGGGGCCAUGGCCAACUCGUGGAGGGUGCUCAUGCAGGGGCUCGCGUCGCUCAUGUUCCUCUGCGCGCGCGCCGACGAGUAUGUCCGGCAGCCGCCGAGCCCGCUUGUGCUCACGCCCCACGACAAGCCGGCCGCUCAUCCUCAGCAGGUGCACAUUUCAACUGUGGGAAGGAACAAGAUGAGGAUUUCAUGGGUCACUGACGACCGGAACACGCCGUCGGUGGUGGAGUACGGCGAAUCUCGGGGCAACUACACCGCGUCAGCGACGGGCGACCAGGCGACGUACAAAUACUUCUUCUACGAGUCCGGCGCGAUCCACCACGUGACGAUCGGCCCGCUGGCGCCCGGCACAACCUACCACUACCGGUGCGGCAAGGCCGGCGACGAGCUCACCCUCCGGACCCCUCCGGCGUCCCUCCCGCUCGAGCUCGUCGUCAUCGGCGACCUCGGGCAGACCCGGUGGACGGCGUCGACGCUGGCGCACAUCGGCGGCGCGGACUACGACAUGCUGCUGCUCCCGGGCGACCUGUCGUACGCGGACACGCAGCAGCCGCUGUGGGACUCGUUCGGGCGGCUGGUGCAGCCGCUGGCGAGCGCGCGGCCGUGGAUGGUGACGGAGGGCAACCACGAGGCGGAGGCGCUCCCCGUCGUCGGCUUCGCGCCCUUCGUCGCCUACAACGCGCGGUGGCGGAUGCCGCACGAGGAGAGUGGCUCCGCCUCCAACCUCUACUACUCGUUCGACGCGGCCGGCGGCGCGGCGCACGUCGUGAUGCUGGGCUCCUACGCCGAGUUCGAGGAGGGGUCGGCGCAGCGCGCGUGGCUGGAGCGGGACCUCGCCGGCGUGGACCGGCGGAGGACGCCGUGGCUGCUGGUGCUGCUGCACGCGCCGUGGUACAACACCAACCAGGCCCACCAGGGGGAGGGCGAGGCGAUGCGCGCCGCCAUGGAGGCGCUCCUCUACGAGGCCCGCGUCGACGUCGUCUUCUCCGGCCACGUCCACGCCUACGAGCGAUUCACGAGGAUCUACGACAACGAGGCCGACGGCCGGGGCCCGAUGUACAUAACCAUCGGCGACGGCGGCAACAGAGAAGGGCUUGCUCUCAAGUUCCUGGAGGAUCACAAGUCGGCGCACCUGUCGGUGUUCCAGGAGGCGAGCUUUGGGCACGGCCGGCUGAGGAUCGUGGACGAGACGAGCGCCGUCUGGACGUGGCACCGCAACGACGACGAAUACGCCACCGUCCGCGACGAGGUCUGGUUGGAGAGCUUGGCUA